UCGGCGUCGGAGUCGGAGUCGAGACUCGUGAUCCAUACAGUCGUCCGAGCCGCUUCGCCGCAAGCGCCAGAUCACGAAACCCUCUCCAUCUUUUCUGUUCUAUUCAGUUGAUUACAAUUCUCCUCUCCCCCAACUCCCUCAACGUACUUAACACCAACAAAAUCAAAGUUCAAUCACCACUGGAAGAUAAAUCGCUGGGAUCACCGUGUUCCUCCACCAAUUCCCAAAGGAUAAAAAAAGUUGUCUAGUUUUGUGAGUUUACACGGAAAACCACAAAAUACCAAGUGAGUGUGCCAGUGAUAAGUUAAUCAACAAUUGCCAAGAGAAAAGAAAAGUCUCGUUCAAUUGAUCAUCACGGAUUUGAGUGUAAAUGAUCAAAUUGUCAUUAGUGCUUAGAGAGAGUAGAGGGUGGAUAUGACAGGCUCGUUGACCACCCACAAAUUAACAUUAUCAAAUCGUGCGCAUGUGUCCAGUGGGAUUUAACAACAAAACUCUGGUCGCCUAUCUGGAUACCUUGACGACACCACCAGCUGGACUGUCUCAUGUCAGGAUGGCGCUGGCGCGACUUGCGGUGAGCGACUGUGCGCCUCAGACGUCGCGGGUCAGCUCAAACUUGCACAGCAGCAGUAGUAUGGCGGUGAGCCGGGUCCCGAGCCCUCCGCCGCCCGAAGUAAACACUCCAGUUGCCGAAAAUUGGUGUUACACACAGGUGAAGGUGGUUAAAUUCAGCUACAUGUGGACGAUAAAUAACUUCAGCUUCUGCCGGGAAGAAAUGGGAGAAGUACUCAAGUCGUCGACAUUCUCAGCGGGGGCCAACGAUAAACUCAAAUGGUGUUUGAGAGUGAAUCCAAAAGGCCUGGAUGAAGAGAGCAAGGACUAUUUAUCAUUAUAUCUGCUACUUGUGUCAUGCAAUAAAUCGGAAGUCAGAGCAAAGUUCAAAUUUUCAAUUCUUAAUGCCAAAAGAGAAGAAACCAAAGCUAUGGAGAGCCAACGGGCCUACAGGUUUGUCCAGGGUAAGGACUGGGGCUUCAAAAAAUUUAUAAGAAGAGACUUCCUGCUCGACGAGGCCAAUGGAUUACUCCCAGACGACAAACUCACGAUAUUCUGUGAGGUAUAUACCUUUGUCAGUGUUGUGGCGGAUAGUGUGAAUCUCUCUGGACAGAGUAAUACGAUACAGUUCAAAGUGCCUGAGUGUAGGCUACCUGAGGAUCUUGGUUCGCUAUUUGAGAGUCAAAAGUUCAGUGAUGUCACGCUGACUGUUUGUGGGAGGGAGUUCCAAGCGCACAAAUCGAUUCUUGCAGCGCGUAGUCCUGUAUUUUCUGCAAUGUUCGAGCAUGAAAUGGAGGAACGCAAGCAGAAUCGAGUGGACAUAACAGACGUGGAUCACGAGGUACUGCGGGAAAUGCUUCGAUUUAUCUACACGGGUAAAUCGGACAAUCUGGGGAAGAUGGCUGACGAUCUGUUGGCUGCUGCUGACAAAUACGCACUCGAGAGGCUCAAAGUUAUGUGCGAGGAGGCGUUAUGUACGAGUUUAGCCAUUGAGAAUGCAGCUGACAUUCUUAUACUUGCCGAUCUUCACAGUGCCGAUCAACUCAAGGCACAGGCCAUAGAUUUUAUCAAUACGCACGCAACGGACGUGAUGGACACGACUGGUUUCAAAUCAAUGGUGAACUCUCAUCCCCACCUAAUUGCGGAAGCAUUUCGUGCACUAGCGACACAACAAAUGCCACCAAUUGGACCACCGCGAAAGCGAGUUAAGCAGAGCUGAAAGCAGUCACCUCUAAUUCCGGGCACGACAACAGUGUCGUCACCGCCCCACCUACAUCCCUCAUGAACUCUCUUUUUUCUGUACAGUGACGAAUCCUGAGAGUAGUGUUAAAUCAAUGUUUCCUAGUGCGCCCUUUCGUUGUCCGAAAGUUUAACAAGCCCAACUAAAAACAAAAAAAAAAUCAUAAAAAAAUAAAUAAAUGAAGAAAUUAUAAAAACGAAAUAAAGUAACAAAAUGAUGGAGAUGCUGAGAUAGGCGCACCCACGCCAGCAGACUCUUGUGUUCAGUGAGUGUCGGUAGUGUGUCAAAAAAGUUGAAAAAAAUAAAUAAAAACAGAGUAAAUAACAAAGACUCCGUGCAACGAAAUGCCACGAGACAUAGAAGCCCCAGAUAUACAGCAGAAAGAAUGAACCCACCACAUUCGCCCACCUCUGAGAGAUACAACGCCCGUCCCUCCCAUUGAAGAAAAAUAAAAUGAUACAGAACAACUAUCGUCGUCUCCGCCUUUUGCUCCUAAUUCUUCGGAUGUGUUUCAUUCCACUUCAACAAACGUCACAGCAAAAAUAAGAAAAAAACAAAUAUAAACUGCGCCAAAAAAUAGACAAGAAAUUGCCAAGAUGGAAGAUAAAGGACAAGUUAAAACAUUGGAUAAGAAAAUAGUGGGGAGAAAAAACAGAAAAUGAAAUGGAAAAAAAAUCAUUUGGAUUAUGACGUGACUUGUGGACAAAUCGUAGCACAUCUGGGGGCUUUUUAAAGGCUUGAAGGCUGGACCAAGAUGAUAAACUGAACUUCGCCAUGUUGCCACGUACCGACACACAAGAAGUUGUGAUAAAGGCGUCGGGCCCUCGACGAUAUAACACUUUGGUUCCUCUGUCACGGAUCAAAUUGUUUCUGGCCCCCUCUGCCACACGUGAUGGAAGAAGAUUAAUUUUAGAAAUUAUUAAUGAAAAAAAAAGUCAUCAUGAUUGAUUGAUUGUUUGAUUUUUGGGUGGUUGUUUCGAGGGGGACACACUUUGUUUAUUAAUUAAUAGUGAUUUUUAAUUAUAAAAAUGAUGUAUGAGAACGUCAAAACUCUUCCAGAAAGAAAGGGGAAAUGAUUCUAGUUAGUGUUUUUUAUGAUCUCUUUCUCUUAAUACGAUAUGACUAUUACUAUGAUUAUUCUUAAAAUACUACGCAAUCUGUGCCCAUCCACCCCAGACCCACUUUGCCCUGCACUUUUGUCUAUUUCUUUUUGUCUACAGUCCCUUCAAAUCGUGUCAGGUUCAAUUUUUUUUUUUUUUUGUGGCACAGUUUGUCUUGUUUCCCCAUUAUAAUUUUUUCCUCUCUGUUCAUUUUUUUUUGCAACUAUUGCGUAGUCAAUUGAAGUGAUUGAUUUGAUUUAUUAUUCAUUGAUUUGAUUGGAUUUCAAAUCGAGAAAAUUUAUGGUUGUCCAUAAUGUGUGAAAAUAUUUUUCUCGUCAAUUAUAUUAUUUUUGAAGAGAACAGUCUUAUCGUAUUUGGCAAAACUGACGUUUCGAUUUUUUAACGGCUGAUGAAGAAUCUGAAAAAUGAUAAUUUAGUGACACAGUGAGGAGACUAAACUAAAACUAAAAUUGACAACAGAAUGGAGAAACAAAAAAAAACCAUUGAAAAUUUAAAUAAAUUGUAUAAAUAAACGUUAGUCAAUUAUAGUCCAAACUAUUAAUCGUUUUUGUGUAAUUAAAUCUCGAGUCACAGGAAACAAAACGAAAAAAGGGGAUAAACCAAAUCAGUCGUGUGUGGUGAAUGAACUGAAUUAUGGGCAACCAAGAGAGGCAAAAAAACCUUUGAAAAAAUCACAAAAAACAAUAAUUGUCGUUUUAGUACUAAUACUGGCUUCCCGAUCCUCCGAAACCUAGUUUUAUCAUCAAUUUAAUUAAACGGAAAAAAAAAGAAAAAACACCCCUAUACCAUAACAUUAAUGAAUGACGAAGAUUAAUGCCAUACAUGUUCUGUGAUAAGUCCGAUUGUAAUUAUUGCAACUGUAAUUCCCACUUUCCUACCCAGACAAAAAGUUAUAAUGCAAUUCAACUCCCCAAAUGUGUCGAUCCUGCAGCCAGUGACGUUUAAUUGAUGACAUUAAAUCUUGUUCGGCCGGUCCCAAAGCCCCCGUCCCCCCAAUCCCUCCUGUCUUCGGGAAGAAUGAAGCAAAUACACGUUUUAAGCACACUUGAAGUUAAGCUUAUUGUACAUAUCUACUAUCUAUUUUAUAAUGGACAAGACAGUACUACUAUUAUGAGCUGUAGAAUAGGAAUUAUUGACACUGAUUUUUUUUCUUUCGUUUAUGUUAUUUGCGUUUUUCUCUUUUUCUCAUUUUGUUUUUGUAGACUGCGAUAAUGUCCCAAAUUAUUCGGAGACAUUCUCUGGGGAAAUUCAGUAGUGGAGGGGUGAAACGUAACUGAAUAGAACAGACAAGAUGUAGUGAAAAUGGAAAUAUCGAGGAGGAAAUUUUCUCUGACAUUUUCCUCAAAAUACCUAAACACUGAGUAAAAAUGUUAAAUUGAAGUUUCACCAUUUCACAACAGAAUUCCCCAUUCUUUUCGUUAAUUCUCGCACUGUAUGUAAAAUUGUCACUUUGGGACUGACGGACAAUGGUCAAAAAGUUGAAGAAAAAAAAUUAUUGUAAACAAAAAAAUUUGUAAUAAUCCAAUAUUGUUUAUCUCUUUCGUUUUCCUGAGAAAAAUGGGCUAAUUAAUAGAAUGAACAGAAUUGUGUGAAAUUAUAAUUCAAGAUGAAAAAAAAAAAAACAAUGGAGAAUUGAAAACUGCAGCAAGAAUAUAUGAGCGUAUGACUGGAUAAUUUGAUAAAAUAUAAGUACAAGUAAGACAAGUGUUACCUCAUCAUAAAAAUCAGCGUUUUAGCAAGAGAGUCGUUGCCACUGGUUAUCAUAUUUUAUUUCGUUACACCUUCCAGUUUAUGCAUUUAUGUGGAUAUGAAAAUUGUUCAAUUUUUUUUAUCGGGUAUUUGUUCAUUAUUUUUUUGUAACGUGAGAAUUAUUAUCAGUGGCAAUUGCUAAUGAUUUUGCAUCUCAGCUGUUCAUUGAAUCCCAGCUCAUACAAACGUUCAUUUUUUCCAUUUAUUUUAAGUCAUUGCACCACAUCAAAUAAAAUUACAUUUUCAUUAUAUAAA